GCAAGAGGACACAGUCUCAACUGCUUUGGCUACCCAUUGAGCAUCUUCUUCAUUGUCAUCAAUGAGUUCUGUGAGCGGUUCUCCUACUAUGGCAUGCGAGCGGUGCUUAUUUUGUAUUUCACGUAUUUCCUACAAUGGGAUGACAAUUUGUCUACAGCCAUCUACCACACGUUUGUUGCUUUGUGCUACUUGACACCAAUCCUUGGAGCACUCAUUGCUGACGCUUGGCUGGGGAAGUUUCUGACUAUUAUCUCCUUGUCCUUUGUGUAUACAGUUGGGCAGGCAGUUGUGGCUAUAAGCUCCAUAAAUGACCUGACAGAUGCAAACCAGGAUGGCUCUCCUGAUAAUAUAAACUUGCACAUUGCUCUAUCCAUGACUGGCUUGAUCCUCAUUGCACUUGGUACUGGUGGAAUCAAACCUUGUGUGUCAGCAUUUGGUGGAGAUCAGUUUGAUGAUGAUCAGGAGAAACAAAGAUCUAGUUUCUUCUCUGUCUUUUAUUUGUCCAUUAAUGCUGGAAGUCUCAUAUCUACUAUAAUCACUCCAAUUCUCAGAGCUGAACAGUGUGGCAUUCACAGCAAACAGCAAUGUUACCCACUAGCUUUUGGAGUUCCUGCUGCCCUCAUGGCUGUCUCCUUGAUUGUGUUCGUAGCUGGAAGUGGAAUGUACAAGAAAGUUAAACCUCAAGGAAAUAUAAUGAUUCGAGUUUCCAAAUGCAUUGGCUUUGCCAUCACAAACAGGUUUCGGCAUCGCAGCAAGGAGUUCCCCAAGAGAGAGCACUGGCUGGACUGGGCAAGUGAGAAGUAUGAUAAACGACUGAUUACUCAGAUUAAGAUGGUGCUGAAAGUGCUUUUCCUUUACAUUCCUCUCCCCAUGUUCUGGGCACUUUUUGACCAGCAGGGGUCAAGAUGGACACUGCAAGCCACAACAAUGGAUGGAAAUUUUGGAGAUAUUCAGAUUCAGCCAGACCAAAUGCAGACUGUGAAUCCAAUCCUGAUUAUUAUAAUGGUCCCAGUUGUAGAUACUGUGAUAUACCCUUUAAUCAAGAAAUGCAAGAUCAAUUUUACGCCCCUGAGGAAGAUGACUGUUGGCAUGUUCCUUGCAUCUCUGGCUUUUGUGGCUGCUGCCCUUGUUCAGGUGCAAAUAGACAAAACUAUCCCAGUCUUCCCCACAGCUAACCAAACCCAAAUCAAAAUAAUAAACCUAGGCACUGAUGAAGCAGAAGUUAAAUUUGAACCUCAACUUCACAGUGUGAAUCUAACAUCUUUGGAAUGGACGGACUAUGUGACAUUUGAGACCUCAGAGUUGCAAUCAUUAAACAUAAUUUCUGGAAAUCACGUUACAACCCAACCUCUCAUGUUGCCAGGGGGAGAACGUCACACUCUUGGAAUUAAAAAUUAUGCGACGCACCUUGAUACGAUGUGGCUGUUUGACAAUGUCACAUCAAAGCCAAAAGAAGGAAAAAAUCUCAUCAGGUUCAUAAACAAUUUGCCUGAUAUUCUUACCAACGUCACUCUGGGUGACACUUCUUUUGGAACACUGAUGCCCUUUUCUGCCAGUAAUUACAGCCUCUUUACAGGAGGAAGGUCAGAUAACAUUAUGGCUACUAAAUAUUCAGUCUCUUGUUCAGUGCUUUCAGAGUCAUUUGGAUUUGGCAGUGCCUAUACAGUUAUAAUUAAUGAGUGUUCUGGAUCAUAUCUUAAUGUAACAUAUUCUGAAGAUAUCCCACCAAAUACAGUCCAUAUGGCUUGGCAAAUCCCUCAGUAUUUUAUUCUUACAUGUGCAGAAGUAGUCUUCUCUGUCACAGGACUGGAGUUUUCAUACUCACAGGCUCCAUCAAAUAUGAAGGCAGUGCUACAGGCAGGGUGGCUGCUGACAGUUGCUGUAGGUAACAUAAUUGUCCUUAUUGUGGCGAGAGCAUCCACACUCAGUGAGCAGUGGGCAGAAUAUGUGUUGUUUGCUGCCUUGUUGGUGGCAGUUUGCAUCAUUUUUGCUAUCAUGGCUUAUUUUUAUACCUAUGUUGAUCCAAAUGAGAUUGAAGCCCAACUUGAUGAGGAAGAAAAGAAGGCCAAAAAGGCCCAGCAGAUCUAUGAAAAUGAUGGUGAAGUUGUCUCUCGGUUGUAA